ACAACAGCUGCCCCAACAACUACGACAGACGCUCCAACAACAACCACAGCUUCUCCAACUACAACCACAGCUGCCCCUACAACGAGCACAGAGGCUCCAACAACAACCGCAGCUUCUCCCACUACAACCAUAGCUGCCCCUACAACGAGCACAGAGGCUCCAACAACAACCACAGCUUCUCCCACUACAACUACAGCUGCCCCUACAACGAGCACAGAGGCUCCAACAACAACCACAGCUUCUCCCACUACAACCACAGCUGCCCCUACAACGAGCACAGAGGCUCCAACAACAACCACAGCUUCUCCCACUACAACCACAGCUGGCCCUACAACUACCACAGAGGCUCCAACAACAACAACAGCCACUCCUACAACGAACACAGAGGCUCCAACAACAACCACAGCUUCUCCCACUUCAACAACAGCUGGCCCUACAACUACCACAGAGGCUCCAACAACCACAACAGCCAUUCCUACAACUAGCACAGAGGCUCCAACAACAACAACAGCCACUCCUACAACUACCACAGAAGUUCCAACAACAACAACAGCUGCCCCAACAACUACGACAGACGCUCCAACAACAACCACAGCUUCUCCCACUACAACCACAGCUGCCCCUACAACGAGCACAGAGGCUCCAACAACAACCACAGCUUCUCCCACUACAACCACAGCUGCCCCUACAACGAGCACAGAGGCUCCAACAACAACCACAGCCUCUCCCACUACAACCACAGCUUCCCCUACAACGAGCAAAGAGGCUCCAACAACAACCACAGCUUCUCUCACUACAACCACAGCUGCCCUUACAACGAGCACAGAGGCUCCAACAACAACCACAGCUUCUCCCACUACA